AUGGGAUCGAUAGUUCUAGCGCAUCCGCGCCAAACCCUCAGUUCACCACGAUUGGGGGGUGCUUCCACCUCGAUGCCAAUCGUUGCACCUGAGUGUUUGUUGGAGUAUCGGCCAGCUGGUCCAGUUGGGGUAUUCACCUCAUCUCAUCCAUCUCAAGAUGUAGGACGUGAAGGGGAACCGAAUCAGGUAGAAAAUGCGAUGCUAGAGGAUGAUUCCAACGAAGAGCCUGCUGACAUUGGAAGGGACAACAAUGAUGAAAUUCCGACAAACCCAGCACCAUCCACCGGCCAACCGACGGAGUUAGCACCAACCUUUGAGGAUCAAGGGUUGCACGAGGGAAAUUCUGUAGCUGAAUUUCAAGUUGGCCAAUCUUUCCACAGUAAGGAGGAAGCUGUGCUUACUAUAAAAGAUUACAUUAUUCGGUGCGGUGUUGAGUACAGAGUGAUGGAGUCGGAUCAUCUUAAGUACCAUGGGAGAUGCAAGGAGUUCGGGAAGGGUUCGGUAUCGAUAAAGGUGUUGCAAGAAGCUACCGAAGGAACGUACGGGUUCAAGCCAACUUACAGGAAGACGUGGUUGGCAAAACAGAAGGCGAUAGUACAAAUAUACGGGGACUGGGAAGAGUCCUACGCCGAGCUACCUCGUUGGAUCCUUGGUGUGCAGUCUACCAUGGAGGGGACGGUUGCCUUGUUGAAGACAUCUCCAGUUCGAGUCGGUGAUGACGUCGAUGACUCAACCGUCAUAGACGGUACUCAUCUGUAUGGCAAGUAUGGAGGGACUUUGCUCUUGGCCAUCGCUCAAUAUGGGAACUCCAACAUCUUGCCUAUUACUUUCAGUCUUGUGGUAGGGAAAAAUGCCAAGUCGUGGUCUUUCUUCUUGACCAACCUGCGUCAACAUGUGACUCCACAACAGGGGAUACUGGUCAUCUCAGAUAGGCACAACGGCAUCAAGACUGCACUAGAAAACCCUAACAGCGGGUGUUUUAAGGGCAUGGAUGCAAAGCGUUUGCUUGUGAAAGCUGCUUAUGCGAAGACUGAGGCAGAGUUUCACUAUUGGUUUGAUAUAAUGCGGGCUGAGAAUCCAGCAAUGUGUGAUUGGACGAACAGAAUAGAAUACGAUAAAUGGACUCAGCAUCAGGAUGGUGGCUGA